AUGAGCCAGAAACGUUACAAGAGGGCUCCCCUCGCCCCCCAUAUCCUCGAGGAGCGAUUCGAGGACUUGAGGAAAGGUCAAUAUUAUCCUGUCAAUAUUGGCGACAUCUUCCGCUCCAAAUAUCAGGUAGUUGGGAAGCUGGGGUUCGGUAUUAGCUCUACAGUAUGGCUCGCUCGCGACCUGGAAGGGCAUCAAUACGUGACACUCAAACUGUACACGCGCAGUGAGUCAGACUUGGCCGAGUUUCAGAUUUAUAAUCUUUUGAACAAAGGGAGUUCAUCACACCCCGGCUAUGCUCAUGUACGCCGAGCGCUAGACGUGUUCACCAUUCCUCGCCCGGGAGGUGACCAUUGUUGUCUUGUUCAGAAACCGAUGUGGGAAAGCUUUCGGGGUCUUCUCUACCGAAAUCCCACUCAUAGAUUCACCGAGGAACUACUUAAGGCUGGGCUCAUGCAGGUUUUCCUUGCCCUUGAUUAUCUACAUAACGAAUGCAAGCUUGUUCACACAGAUAUCAAGGGUGACAAUAUCCUGCAAGAAAUCGAGGAUGAAUCAAUCCUUGAAAAGUUUACCGAGGCUGAAAUGGAGGACCCUUCACCUUGA